AUGUUUACAACAAUACUAACCACCUGGACGAUCUGGAGACUGUGGCGAUUCACCAUUCAGCCAUUGCUUCGACCUCAUGAACCAGUUGAGCUUCCAUACUGGAUCCCAUGGCAUGCGGGUGCCUUCUUCAAAGAUUCUCAUCUGCUGAUGAAGAGAGCCGUGCAACAAUUGCAGUCACGCGAGCCUUUUGCACUGACCCUCGCUGGCGACCGGUACUAUGUGGCAACAUCGCCAGCCGACAUCCGCCCUUUUUUCGCCAAUGCAAGUGCCCUGAGCCUGGAUGGCUUUCUCAAUCAGGUGUUGAUCGGCUUCGGUUGUGUAUCAGAGCGGCUUCAUACCCUCUGGCAGCGCAACCAGCCCAGCCCCACAAACCCGAAAGGCAAGAGUCUGAUCCAUUUGACCGAAGAUCUCUUUAAACAACAUCUCCUUCCUGGACCGACCUUCAACAGCUUGUUGAGCCGGUAUCGUGGGGCAAUCGAAGAGUUGCUCCCCUGGAACCACUUGGAAGCAGUCUACCCCACACUGACUGGCAAGGAGACAGAGGCUAUUUCUCUUUACGACCUGUGCUCUGAUUUCAUGAUCAAUGCCACACAGAUGGUUCUGUUUGACCCUGAUCUCUUUGCUAUCGAUCCUGAGAUGACAUUUGAAUUGCGGGCCUUCACCGACGAGUUCUGGCAGCUCAUAUAUAAAUCAAAGUUCAUUGACAGCACGCGAGUGCGUCAGAUCCUGGCUCAAUACACCAAGGCGUUCUCCACCUAUCUACGGUUACCGCCUCAGACACGGAACCGUGAGGCAUGCCUUAUCCGAACGCUGCUCCAGACCUAUUCUGAGCUGGGGAUCCACGAAGAAGACCAGGCGGCCAUGAUGGUUAUGAUAUAUUGGGCCGGAGACGCCAAUGCAUAUAAAGCAGCAUUUUGGAUCCUGGCCUACAUCCUAGACAUGACUUAUCUACGCCACAAUUGCCCCCGGCUCUCGUCAGUCUAUCAUGAGGUACUCCGGCUAACCAAGCGCGAUACGGUGCUUCGUCGGGUGGCUCAAGAUAUAGAGCUAGGCGGAAGGCUGCUCCGAAAAGGUAGCUUUGCAGUAAUUCCCUCUUGUCAGUUGCACGACAGUUGCAAGACGUAUGGACAGGAUUCGCUGUCCUUCAAUCCCGAUCGCUUCCUCAAACAACCACAUUUCGCAAUUCUGGAGAUCUUCUCCUUUGUGGCUCUGGUACUGAACCGAUUUGAGGUAAAAUUGGCGUGGCCGGACCAAAACUUCCCCCAAAAGGACGAGAGUGUGCUUACAUUCGGGAUCUCACGGCCAUUACCAGGUGAUGAUUUGUAUGUAUAUUUAACGAGACCUGAAGACGUGGAGCACUAG